AUGCGAACUCGAAAUCGUACUCCAUUGCAAUCACUCUGCCUUGAUAUUCUAGAGCAAUUGAUUCAGCCGGAGUCAUUCGCAAAAAAUCAAUACCUAGUUUCUCAUGUAGAUGAUAAAAAUUGCAUAAAAAUUUCCAAUUUACUUGGUGCAAGGGAAUUUUUUAAAGCAAGAGUUGAUGCAAGAGAACUAGCAUUAGCAAUCAAAUCGUCUCCAGAGUUUUUAAAGCAAUACAUUAAAAGUGAUUUAUUUAAGCUCCCAUUCGUUGUUGAUACAAAGUCCCUUAUAUUACAGAAAGUUCCUAACGACUUAACCGUUAACCAAAUGAAAAUAUUUAUUUAUAAUUUAACAGGAACUCAAGAAAAAGUGUGCGAGAAAAAAAAUUCAGAUAUGCAUAUUACUUUCCCUGAUUUUCGGUCAUGCAUUGCGUUCUGGAGAGCUUUGAAUUAUUGUAUGCUCGAAGGACAUCAUUUAAGCGCAAUUAUUUCACUUACGAAUGUACCUGAUAGAUUGAAAACAAUGUCUCGUUCUCAAUCUAUGCAAUUCAAGUCUAAGUCGCCAAUACCAAGGCCAGAAAAACUUCCUCAUUUGCAGAUUACUUUAGCUCCUAAGGACACGAAUUUCCCAAAGAACGAGUGA